AUGUUGCAAAUUUGCAUGUGGCGCUGAACGUUGUAAUUUUUAACAUCUGGGGUUCUUCUGUGUGCAUUUAUGCAUUGAGAAGAAUCAAAUAAUCCAGUAUUGUGUUUAAAGUUGAAUGGAUUCCAUUUUUUAGUAUACUCAUUUUUAUUGUCACCUCUACACGAAUCACUCCUUUUAAAAAAAUGCAAUUUGUAAAUGUAGUAGCGUUAUUGGCACUUGGUAUAAUUUUACACAGUCCCUGUUUAUUCGCUGGCGACUCAGAAACACCCUGUGCAACUUGCCGGACAAUAGUUGCCAACUUUGAGAAGGGUUUAGAUAAAACAGCUAAACAGAAUUUCGGGGGAGGAAACACUGCCUGGGAGGAAAGAGCAUUAUCAAAAUAUGAAACUAGUGAGAUUCGUCUAGUGGAGAUCCUGGAAACCCUCUGUGACAGCAGCAGCUUUGAAUGUAACCACAUGGUGGAAGAACAUGAAGAGCAAUUUGAAAACUGGUGGUUCAAAAAGAAGGAUAAAUACCCAGACCUUUUAAAAUGGUUCUGCAUAGACAAUAUUGAAGUGUGCUGUCCUCGGGGAACCUUUGGUCCUGACUGCAACGCUUGUGUUGGAGGGUCUGAGAGGCCAUGUCAUGACAAUGGUGACUGUGACGGUGACGGCACUAGAAGAGGGGAUGGGAAAUGUCGGUGUAAUAAAGGAUACAAAGGAGAUUUCUGUUUAGACUGUGAUGAUGGAUAUUUUAAUAAAGAAAGAAAUGACACAUUCUCUCUGUGCACAGAAUGUCACGAGUCUUGCCAAACGUGCUCUGGCCCAACUAACAAGGACUGCAAUGAAUGCAAAAGCGGCUGGGUGCAGGAUGAUGAAAAAGCAUGCAAUGACAUAGAUGAAUGUGCAAAUGAGACAUCUCCUUGUAAAGAAAACCAGUAUUGCCACAAUAAAGAAGGAUCCUACUCCUGCAAAGCCUGUGAUGCUGCGUGUACAAGUUGUACUGGAGAGGGUCCUGAAAAAUGCACAGGCUGUUCAUCUGGAUACACUGAGGAAGAUGGAAAGUGUACAGAUACAAAUGAAUGCAGCCUCCCUGACAAAUCAUGCUUGCGUGAAAAUGAGUACUGUGUUAACACCAAAGGCAGCUUCAAAUGUGUUUGCUCUCAAGGCUUUGAAGACAAAGAUGGAGCCUGCAUAAAAACUGAAAAAACAGAGGAAAACAUGGAAGACGAGGGUUCUUCAGAAACUCUCUCACCUGACAAUGUGCAUGAGGACCUAUAACAUUUUUAACCUUUGCUGCUCUAUAACCACUUCAUUUAAAUUAUUUGAAUUGUAUCAUCAACUUGACUGCACUAUCUGGACAAAUGUUUAUAACUGAAAUAUCUGGGGAAACAAACCGCUUAAAUUGAGAUUAACAGAAUAAAGUGUGGCCAACCAUACAUCUUUUUAAUUCAUUACAUUGUUUUUUGUGUGUUCCAAAUGCACUUAUUUUUGUAAAAGGGCUGUCUUUUGGAGGAAAAUAAAUAAAAUCUUAAAUGUAUUUUUUUUGCAAUAUAAAUACUUUUUUUUUUUUUUUAAUUUAUUCUUUUUUUGCUUAUGGUUUAAGUCAGUGGUGCACAGCUCGGUCCUGGGGGGCCGGUGUCCCUGUAGGUUUUUAUUGCAACUGCACUCGAAAGUACUUUAUUGGACCUUAUUAGAAGCUUAAUUGGUCCAAUUAACCAACUUAUGGUAUGAUUAGAACAAAAACCAGGAUGGCCUGAGUUGUGCACCACUGGUUUAAGUAGUCAUUUAAAAGGGUUAAAUAACACUGUUUCACACUUCCAGUCCAUAUUUCAAAUUCCAAAAGGGGAGUUUAUGCAGUAUAUGCAGUUCCCAGCAGUGACCACAUGGUGGUGCAAUAUACCAAAGAACAAAAACACUGUAGCGUGGUAUUAUUAAAUAAUGGGGUGGAAAAACAACAUUUUAUA